UAACACAAUGACGUUUGUUUAUUUUAUUGCGCUCAUCGUUUUAAGGUCAGCUCCAGCAUUUUCUAAUCCUACCGGUUAUGCAUCGUCUUCCUCUAAUCCACCCGGUUCUGAGCAAAUCGAUCACGUUCCCUCUUUGGUCAACGACAUUAGCAAUUUGUAUGAAAAUGAAAAGUAUUCUGAUGUUAUUUUAGUUGUAGAUGAAAAACGAUUUCAUGCCCAUCGUAGUGUGUUAGCAUCACGCAGUGAUUAUUUCAGCGCAUUGCUGUUUGGAGAUCAUAAAGAUUCCCGUCUAAAGGAGGUGCCAAUAAAAGAAGGAUCAGCAACCUCAGUCAAUGUUCUUCUUAAAUAUAUAUAUUCUGGUAGAGUGGAUUUAAGUACUCUAGAGAGUAAAGUUAUUGUGGAAUUAUUAAUUCUCUCGAAUGUAUAUCGUUUUUCAAACUUACAAUUUUCACUGUCCGAGUAUUUACUGAGUAAAAUCGAUGAACACAAUGCAAGUUCGUUGUUUGUUGUGGCACUUUACUAUCAAAUCAAAGAACUCGAAAUCGAAUCACUCAAUUUUAUCGACAUUCAUGCUUUGGACGUAUUGCAAUCUGAAGAUUCGCUUUCUUUGACUCCCGAAGCAUUACUUCUAAUUCUCAAUCGUGACAUGGUGUAUGCUAAUGAUUUGGAUAUAUUCCGUGCGGUUUGUCGCUGGAUAAAAAAAAAAAAAGACGAAAUUGAUGGUGAAGCUAAAACCAAAAUUUUAUCAGCUGUCAGAUAUCAGCUUAUGGAUGAUGAAGAACUGUCCGAAGUUAGGCGAUCAGAGCUGGUUAGUUCGGAUUCGAGUAUUUUGGAUGUCAUAAUAUUGAGUAUAGAGUCCCUCCCACAAGAAUUUAAAGAUCAAGGACGACUAGAACCUAAUGUGAAUUUCGCUGAAGACACGCCCAAAAAGCUUUGCCAAAUUGAUGGCGGUACCAUGAUCACGUUAGAUCAUCCAUCGAAAAUAAACUAUAUUGAAAUGGAGUUAAGCGACAAACAAGCAAAAUCUUACACUUAUUACAUUCAAGUAUCGAUGGAUAGCCACAAUUGGUUGCGUGUAAUAGAUCAUUCAAAUUAUCAUUGUCGGUCAAUUCAACGUUUGUGGAUUAUCCGAAGAUUUGUUAGGUACAUCCGUAUUGUUGGCACCAAUAAUACUAGUAAUAAGAGUUUUAAUUUUUUGAAAGUCAUGUACAAUACGGAAAAAUUGCACUGGGUGGAAAUCAAAAACGGAUUAGUGGCACCAAAGUACAAUGUUACUUUAACAUCUAUGGAUUGGGCCAUAGUCAUCAGACAACCAGAUUGUUUACAAAUUCAACUCGCCCAACCGUAUAUGCUUAGUUCAAUGAGGAUACUGCUUAAUCAUGGCGAAAGCCGAGCCUGUGGUUACACUAUUCAUGUUUCGGUCAAUGAUGAAGAUUGGGAUAUUAUUGUAGAUAAAUCUAAGGAGUCGACCCUAUCGUGGCAGUUGUUAAAAUUUGAUCCAAGACCGAUAGUGUAUAUACGUAUUACUGCCGUUCGCACUUCAGAAAAUGACAAACUGUUUAAACGUAUAGCUUUGUUGGCACCUGCUGGAGUAGAUUUUAACGCUAUCCCAGAACAGUAG